GCUAGCGCAUGCGCGUCUCGGACUAAUGAUAUUUGGGAACCGUUGCACAACUUGGUUCGCUGGCUGUUCACAUCCGGGAUCGAAUACGUAAUUGCGUCAUAGGAAUAUGGCUGGUAGGUCUAGAGCUGAAAUGCAGCUUCUGAAGGAGGAACGGGAGCGUCGGAUGCAGGAAAGCAGUGAAAGGUGUCUAGGUCUCGUUGAAAAUUGUCUUCACGUUGGUACCGCAACUGCCACCGAGCUCUACACACAGGGAGAAACUCUCAAUCGCACUGAACAAAAAUUGGAUGACAUCGAAGAAGAUCUGAAGACGACGAGCCAUCACCUACGCGGUAUUCGUAGCGUCUUCGCGUCGUUGUUUUCGAGGAGUCCUAAAACUGAAAAAGAAAACGAUAGAAUGGUUUCAAAGGAAGUUCCAGUUGAGAGAUUGGAUACUGAUUUGAUGAGGCAGAAAGCGAAUGACUUGGCGUGGGACGCUUCCAGUAGUGGGUGUGAGGAUGCUGUUGACAGGAACUUGGUAGGUGUACAGAGAGGACUGGAACAUGCAAAGGUUUUGGCUUUGGAACUGGGAAAUGAGUUGGAUCGGCAGAAUUCUCAGGUUGAGAGAAUAGCUGAAAAGACAGAUAAAGUGAAUGAUCAGAUCAUUGGCCAGGACAUUCAGAUCAAGAAGAUACUGAGAAAGUAACGAUCAUUGUUGUAUAGGGAUUGACCUAGGUGUCGGACAGUCCACUAGUAAUCUACAUAGCAGAAACUAUGUGUUACUGUCGUCCUCCAGAUGUAAGAGCACCAGUAGUCCGUACUAUUGUUCAAGUGAAUCAUGAUUUACUAAAUAUGAUGUAGAUAUUGCAGACAGAAAGGUAACGUGUAAUAGUACAUACAACACUUUAGACAUUUA